AAGAAGAAGAAGCAGAAGGUGCAAAAGACCUGAGGUCUCGCCAGGGUGGAGGCGGCGUGAGAUGGUGAAUGUGGUGGUUGAUAAGCGACGCGGGGCACAAACGGCACGAGGUAGAUCCGGCGGAUCGGCGAGUCUCACCGCUUCUCCGCGGCUGAUCAUCCCCGUGGCGAGCGGCGAACGGUGGACCCACCCUCCGUGCACCCUCGUGGUCGCGCGAGCGCCCUUCGUCGUGUGGGACCGCGGCGAGGUGAAUCCGGCGAACGGAAAGGAACGCGCCGAGCGCUGCAUCGCGGAGGCGGGGGCGUUGAAGGAGAGGAGGUAUCGGGAGGAAUAAAAGGGCCUCGUGACGGAGGGGCUUCGCACGGCCCUGGCGCGACUGCGGCACUGUACCCCUACGGGGGGUUCGCUGCCGAACACACCGAAUCCACCGUCCACCCCGGAACACAAGUCUCAAGGAUGCUCGAGAGGUCGCGAGUCGGCGAACAGAUGCGGCAGUUUGGGGAGUAGCGCGUGUGACACGGGGGAUACAUCGCAGUCGCAGCCAUCGCGGGGGCAACAGCAGCAGCAGCAGCAUGGAGCUGACGGCGGCGCGCGGGACGGCGACCUGCUGUCGUCCGCGAUCCGGCGGUUCAAUUUCAAAUCGGCUGGCGGCAGUCGUAGCUGUCGCACAGUGCCGAAAGUCGUGGUCAUGGGCUCCAGCACGGCGUCCGAGACCACGAUCAACACGAGCACCGACAGCGCCAACACGAUGCUCACCAUGGUGACGACGACGGACGGGGAGCAGCCGGACGACAGUUUCGACUUGAUCGACGUGCCGGCCGAGAUGUCGCCUCCCGCUACGGCUCCGUCGCAACCGUCCAUCCACGCCGGUCACCGACACCCGGACGACGCCGCGGUCAGCCGUUCCUCGUCGCCGGUGUCGCCGACCUCGCCGAUCUCCGUCGCGGCACCGGUGAGCCGACAGACACCGCCGCCGCCGCCGCCGCCGUUGGUGCCGUCGUCGCCCUCCUCGCCGAUGUGCACCUUCAACGGCACCGAGGCGGGGCCGUCGACGACCCGCUGCUCCCGUUUGAGACUCGACUCGACUCAGCCGGACGGCGGUUCUAAGAUGAUCACCGGCUCCUCGUCGAGCGCUCACGGCGCGAGCAACAGCACGGAGGGCGCCGUCGUGCCGCCACCCACGCCGAUGAUCGGCGCGCACCAGGACACGCGGUUCACCUUCGGCAGCGGCAGGACGCCGCCUCUACCGGAUCUACGAGCGGCGGACUUCUUCAGCACCCCCGUGAGAGGCUCCGUGGAUGCGGGCCAGCCCGAUUCGGCGGGCGACCCGCGCACGUCGAUUCGCAACCUGGUGGCCGCGCAAGACAAGCAGAACGCCCGAGUGGGAUAUCAGAUAGAUUACACCAACGUCGGCAAAGGGGCCAGCGUGAAUCAAGGGAACGACAAGGGAGUCUCCGAUCUCAAGCGGAGUCAAAAGAGGCCCAACAUCAACGUGACCACCAAUCCGCUCGACAUAUCCCUCAUAGGCGGCCAACCGUGCAACACCCAGGGCUGUAACGCUCAGGGUAGCGGGAGCGUCAAGUCUCGAGGACGAUCAGCCGAAUCUCAUCCACUCGUUUCAGCCAUUCAUUCAUGGGUCAGGCUCUUUUUCCCGUUUUGCGCAAUAGGCGGAGGCGCCGGCGGCGGCGGCAGCGGCAAGCGAACCACCCAGGCGACCAUCGUGGUGCAACAGCCGUCCCUCUCGUUGGACGCGCCCGCGGCGACGAUUCUGCUGCAUCCGGACGCGGACGCGAGACGGCGCGAGGAGAACAUGCGGCAACUGCUGGACGUCGCGAACACCCUCACCCUACAAGAGAUACACGAUUUCGAGAUGAGAUAUGGAAGCCCCCAUCACAGCCGCUCGCAAUCGGUGAAGGCCCCCGGGAGCCGCUCUUCCGGCCGGCCGAAUUACCUGUGUCUUCCGCAACAGAGAUCGCGAGUGGCCAGUAUGCCCAACACCGGCGUGGAGGAGGAGUAUUACAGGCUACGGCAUUUCAGCAUCACGGGGAAGGGUGUGGUGAACCGGGGCGACUCACUCAAGAGCCGCAGGUCGCGCUCCAACAACAGCGUCGCGUCCAGCAACUCCAGCCUUUCUUCUAUUCGACGCAGCACGGAGCACCUGACCGCCUCGUAUCCAGGGUCGGCGCGAAAUUCAGCGGCGGGCUCGUUGGCGAGCUCGAGGGAGAGCAGCGCGUCGCAGGGCCCGGCGCCUUACCGCGUCCUCAUGCUGGGCGCCCCCGCCGUCGGCAAGAGCUCCUUGGUGUCUCAAUUUAUGACUUCCGAGUACCUGCACGCCUACGACACUUCGAUCGACGACGAGUCCGGCGAGAAAACCGUCAGUGUGCUGUUGGCCGGCGAGGAAUCGGAAUUGACUUUUAUCGACCACUCCUGCGCCGAGAUGACGCCGGAAAAUUGCAUCGCGACGUACGAGCCGCACGCGUACUGCGUCGUUUAUUCCACGACCGACCGGGCAUCGGUGCGCGUCGCCGAGGAGGUCCUGCAGUCCUUGUGGCGAAGCGAUCACGUGUCCGCGAGGGCGGUCAUCCUCGUUGGGAACAAGAUCGACCUGGUUCGCAGCCGGCUGGUGUCGACCGAAGAGGGCAAGUCCAUGGCGACGUCUUACGACUGCAAAUUCAUCGAGACGUCCGUCGGCAUUAAUCAUAACGUCGACGAGCUGCUGGUCGGUCUGCUCACGCAAAUCCGCCUGAAGCUCGAGAACCCCGAGAGGACCAGGGACGUGUUCCGGAAGCGGUCGCGGAAGAACCGCAGCAAGUCGCCGCUGGGCUCAUGCUCGGAGAACAACUCGCCUAAGAAGUAUCGCGGCAGCCGGACCAGCGCCAGUUUGAAGGUGCGCAAUCUGCUCGACAAGGUGUGGGCGCGCGACAGCAAGUCUAAGAGUUGCGAGAAUCUGCAUGUGCUGUAAAGGCGAGAGAAACUGCCGCGCGAUCGACGAUAGCUCGGUAUCGAUCGUCUCGAUACGCGGAGGAGCGCGACCCUGGCGACGGCGCGUUGGACGGAAUCGCCUCCUCCAGAAACGUCUUACACGCUCCGUAGUCUUCGGGGAUGCUGACUACUAAUAGCGGAAACCGUCGCGUGUCGACUGUCGUGCCGGAGAAGAAGGCAGGUAUCGACCGCGAGAUAGGUGGCUUCAAUUCGAGCGAAGUGCCAGCGCACGUGCGUGUGCCUCUUUGUAACCGAGUGGCGGCGACCCUUCCGGCCGCGUUUCUUUAUGUCACGUGUCUCAUCGGCAGACUUGCCGGACGAGGCGAUAUCUCGUUGCUCGUCGACCAGGCGUGCGCGAGCUCGCGCUGAAAAUCAUCGAUUAUCGUGGGUGCUUUCCACUGUCCGCGGAAUCGCGUUUGAUUAUCAUUUGAUUGUUCCUGAACGGAAUGCAUCUCAGACCUCGCUCUCGUGGUUGUCGAUCAUUUUACGACCCGCGACUGCUUUCCCGUUGUCCAAGGUAAAAGUACCAAUGACACUGCUACUUAAAUUUUAAAAUUUUGAAGGGCCAUUUACGAAAGUCUAUCUGGGAGUGUCAUUGACACGUUCGCUACUAGUGUCACGCAAAAAUUUGUCUCUAUGACCACAUCAUCAAGCUAAGUCUACACGAUUACGCAAAAGGGAAAAUACGAGAUGGACAGUAAGAAAAGAAGCUUCUAAACAAACCGUGAACAUGUCUCAUGUCCAGGUAUUGGUACUUUUACCUUGUUAUGUGCGACUGAAACCGACGGCGCGUGAAAGGAGGGCGAAAAUCCGUUAAGUCGACGUGGUCCUGCCGUUUCUCGCGACUCGAUCGCAUUUCCUCGAGCGGGGCGAGCCGCUGAGUCUUCUGUAGCUCGUACAAAUCCCGAACGGAGGAGCACAGGUGAUAGAAACGCCCGCAAUUCCGACAAGGGUGCAAUUUUUGUGAUUACCGUAAAACGUAAAUAUAGGCCACGGGGAGUCAAAGCGUGGAUCCCGCACGAGGAGGUCGCCGAGCAAAAUGCUCGUGAGGUAAAAGGUAAAGCGACAGCAUGCGCGGCAAUCGGCGCAGAUUGUCGCGAGGGAGCUCGUUAUCGCGCAUAAGCGAGACCAUUAUAGACCAAGACCAAGGGAAUCGCAUCGAUCCUUAUCCGCUCGACGGGCCACGAUCGAUCGCACAAUAGUUACGUUCCCCGGCGCGCGUAAACGGCGAGUGACAACAAGCUCCGUGCAGAUUUCCGCCCCGGAAGGUGAAUACAGGGUGUUGCACUUGCAUAUAGAUCAGUACGACGAGCGUUGUCACGCUGACAGGAUCACGUAGUCGUGCACAGUCUCGGUAAAAGCGGUAUCUACAAUGAGAACUCAAGUCAUAAAGCUUUAAACCUUGAGCCGUAAGAAACUGACUAAUCACAGUCGAUUAUUUUCCUUAUGUUUCACCGUAACUAGUCAAUUUCUUAAGGCUUCUUAAGGCUUAGAGGGAUACGUAAUUUUCGCACUUGGAACGUAAACUUUACAGAAAAGGAAGCGCGCGGGUGAGCCAAGGUCUACUGAAGUCAUCUACGCGCGCCUGCCAGUAAAACUGAUGAGCAGUUCGUCAUACUGACCUGAAUGCAACACAUAACGAGAAUCUAAUGACAACUGCGAGUUUACAUUUGCCAGUGACGAUUUUUCGCGCGUUUCAAUGUUCUACAAGACCGGUAAUGGCAGAUCGGCGAGCCACUAGUGGUUCGUAGAUAUCCUGAUCAAAUUGGUUUCAAUCGGUUAUCUGGUUUGCUUUCUCGGCUCCCGGAUUGGUGCCGCGUCUUUCAUGGACUUGUUUCCGACGUUUCGUGAAUGUUCUAGUUCACUUCUUCAGAGGAGACUUCCUAACUAGAAGAACGACCUGAGGCUCAGGUCACGCCUCUAAUGAAGCAAUGAAUGUUCACAAAACAAAACUAAAGCCUUAUUAAUAAUUAGAAUAACAUCAUCUUAUACAAACCAGAUGACUAAUCAGGGUCGACGUGAUCAAGACUAUAGAGUAAAUUUUUAGUCGGGAAUACAGUUUUCCAAAUUUCGGGAUAAGAUAUCAGAUGACGAAGGUCAGCCGCCCGUUGCGGUUACUCUAAUAGCCGCUGAAGUGGAGUCGCGACACGGUAAGGCCCGUUCUAUAAUAGAUGGAGUACGGAGAAGGAGUAAGACGAAAUGGAAAUAAUUUAUUUCGCUUCCCGAUCUACAAUAAAGUUUGCCCGUCACAUGGAGUAAGCCUGAAUUAAGUAGUAAGAGCUGAAGUAAGGAGCUGGAGUAAGAGAGUAAGCGAAUAAAUUAUUUUCAUUUCGUCUCACUCCUACUCCUUACUCCAUCUAUUGUAGAUCGGCCUUAAUGAACGUUUCAGCGCGGGUGAGCUACGAGGUACGACAUACGCCGGAUAAAUUUUCUUUGGUCGCCGUGGAGAAGAUAAAAGAAGAAAGAGAGAUAAGGGGGACAUUUUUUCGUGGCACACAUACACACACGUAUACACACGCACACACGUAUACACACCAAGAUCCUUGUCUCUCUCUGAAAAAAAGAUUUCGGAUCGAACGCGCGAUGAUCCGUAUUAUUAACUCGCGUUCGCCGCUCUAAGGGGCGAGACCACACCGAAUAAUUACUGGUAAAUAUUUCUUGUAACGACACGCCCGACGUUUCAGGGCGUACACCCUAUGAGGACCACUGCGCUAAAGCAAUACCGAUCGGUCAGUGUUGGUAAAAUGUCGCGAUGCAUAUUGAAAUUCUCGGUCUGCUCGGGCUUGUUCGUUCGUGUGCCCGUUCAAAGGCAUAACUUCGAUAAUUAUUCGAAAAGCUCUUCCACUCACUCUCUCUGUACGUCAGGAAUUAGAGCCAUUUAUCUCGGGAUAUAAUCCAAAUGUGUUAUAUUCAUCGCGAACGAGGAUGCUCGGCGGAAUUUCACGAUGAGCUUUCCUAUCCUCACCCUCCCCCC